UGAAAAAGUACAUGAAAUUAAACAAAGCAGUGUAUUCUAUGUGUAAGGUCAAACUAUCUUUCAAAUUUCACCCACAAAUUGUGACAAUAUGGCAUAUAAAACCAAACCAUAAUUAUGAUACCAAUACAUAGACCGCCGAAAUCUAAAACAUAGAAUUUUCAAAACUGCCCUUGCAGACAAUUCUACCUUAUAAAAUGUUCAUGGGUGAUAACGGGACUCUCUAAAAUUAGAACCCAGUCAGAGAUUAUACUUUGUUAUCAGCAGAAUUAGAGCAUUCCACAUCUGAAUUAAGAAAUAAUAUCAUACAGAAUGUAAAACUGAUCGUAGGCUAUUUAUGUCACAUGAUUAUUUAAACACAUAUAUCUGUAGACACAAUGAUAAAAUUUAAACCAGACAACUUAUCUAUAUUUCAUUCUUUUUUACAUAUUUUUCAACCGGGAUACCGUGUACCGUAUUGCAGCGGGUAUACACGUAAUAUAUUGAUUUGAAUGUUUCUCAUUGCAGAGUUGGUGCAGCCGUUCUGGGCAUGCGCGGAAUUAUUAUCAAUUGGAGCGCACGGCAAAAUUACUCAUUUUUUUGCAUGUCCGCACGCAUUUAGUGUAUAAAAUGCAUAAUAAACUGACUAGAGGUUAGGGUUAGUGUCUCCAUGGUUACAAAAUAUAUACAUUUAAGAUAUUUUCUUUCAAAUUUAGUUAAUCCGGUAUAUACCGGAGUCUGUAAUAUAUCACAGGCGCACCAACUCUGUAUUUAGUCACAGCCAUUAAUAUGACCCUUGUCAACACGGAAGUUAAAACAAACAAAUAAAUGGUUUGUAAAGUCGAAUUAUGUGUUGAAAAUUUUAACUUUUAGACUGGAAUUUAAGGAAAAGAACCGUCUGCUGUAGAAAGUGUUAUACAAAACUAAAUAAUCUUGUUAAACAAUAACGCAAUAGUUUUGUUUUGAUAACACUUAAAUAUAAUCUAUUGAUAACGAGAAAAUGGCAAGUGGGGGACUUCAUGUACAUACGUCAGAUGAGAUAUUUGAUUUCACAUGUUCACCUUGUGCGGAACAGAACAAAAACAGGGAAGCUGUAAGGUAUUGUGUGGAAUGUCAGGAUUAUUACUGUCAGUCAUGCACGGACAUGCACAAGAUGUUCCCCGCUAUGAGAGGACAUAAACUCCUCAAUAAAGCUGAUUUUAACUCGUCAAGUCAUCAGCCAAGUCUGCCGCCGGUGCCGACGGAAAGAUGUAAUAAUCAUAAGACAAAGUUAAUAGAUAUGUAUUGUCGGGAUCAUGAUGAGGUCUGUUGUACUUCGUGUGUAGCUGAAAACCACAGGUCAUGUGAUUCAGUAACAAGUAUAACAGAUGUCAUUAAGAAGAGCGGAGCGAGCAAAGGAACAGAUGCACUAAUGCAAGAACUUAAUACACUGAUUAAUGUCUGCUUAGAAAUCAAAACGACCAAAGAAACAGAUCUUUCAGAAAUAGAUUUAGCAAAGGAAGUGGCCCUUGAUGAAAUGAAAAAGCACAGAAAGGAGCUAGAUACUCUACUUGAUGAACUUGAAAAUGCUUCAAAAACGAAAAUUGAAAAUGAACACAAGAAUCUUUCGGAUGAAUCUGCAGAAGAAAAGCAGAAAGUAACAGAGUACGAAAGCAGACUGCAGAAACGUGUUUCCGCUCUGCAAUCGUCGGGAAGUAACGAAGCACAGCGAUUUGUAUCUGAGAAACUCGGACACAAAGACCUCGUAGACAUAUCUAAAGUUACCAACACGAUUUCGAGAGAGAAAAAAACCUCAUUUGAAUUUCAUGGUGAUCCAAAACUUGUUCAAGUCUUUUCAGAGAUGGAGUCAUUGGGAGAGGUCCAAAGACAUGUUAAAUGCCGCACUGUCCCUGUAAAAUCACUUUAUCAAAUAAAAAGGAUAUAUGAACAAAAUGUAAAUAUUCCGAUUGACAAACGUACAUGUAACAUUUUGUCCUGCUGUUUUGAUGACAAGGGAAACUUGCUUCUGACUGAUAACGAGAACAUUUCCGUAAAACGAUUUAACUUACAAACAAAAUCGGUCACUGGCCAUUGUUCUGUGCCUGACCGUCCAAAAGAUGUAUGUUGUGUUAACAAGGAGGAGGCUGCUGUUUGUCUGCACAACAGAAGUAUCCAGUUUAUCUCUAUUUGUGAUCAGAUGAAAAUUACACGACAAGUGGAACUUGACCAUCCAUGCUGGGGCAUUGCUUAUAAUGAAGGAAAUAUGUAUAUCACUGAUGGAGACAAACAGUUCUAUAUUUAUAACUUAUAUGGAAAACUCAUCAAAGUUAUUAACCAUGAUAAUAAAGGGAAAGCUAUAUUUUAUAGCAAUGGACAUGUAACUUUCGAUAGAUACAGCGGAAAAGUGUACGUCCCUGACUUUAGCAAUGGACUAGUUUAUUUCAAUAAGGAAGGCACAUAUAUCUCGAGCUUAACUGACAGAAUACUUAAUACAGCAGUAGGUGUUUGUUCCGACGGAAGAGGAAGUUUGUUUGUUGGUGGAUAUUGCUCUAAAAACGUGAUUCAGGUUGGAGCCGAUGGUCAGAUACUUGGUGAGGUUGUAGGAAAGUCACACGGGUUGGCUUCUGUUUGCUCAGUAUGCUUUUAUGAACGUCAGAAACUAUUAGUCCUUACCAUCAACAAGAGCGACAAGAUUCACAUAUUUGAUCUAAAGUGAGGUCUGAAAUAUAUCCCAUUAACAAUCAUCGGUGUCUUAUGCAUUUUGUGUAUUGCUAGAUUUGCUUCAGGAUAAAGGUGAGAAGGAGAUCAGAAUCAGUGUAGACACGUAAGUCUGAUAUACCAUAAUAAUGAUGAACUGUGACAGCUUUUUGGGAUUGUCAAUUCCAGUCAUAUCGAUUCAUUUCAUCAAAGAUCCAAUAUAGUUGACGUUCAUGACAUUUACAUUCAUUUCCACAGUGUAGAAUCAAUUGUCCUAUUUCGCUAAAAGACAAGGACUACGAGAACACAGUGAAAAAAGAUCGAACAAAAAUACAUCACAAGUGUAUACUGAACAAAAAUGUACAUAUUACUUGAAUUUGUUCAUUUUCUAUACUUUGCAAUAUGUAAUUGUCAUCUGUGUAGUGCAUUAUGCCACUGAUGUUUUGUGUUGUUUAUGAAAUGAUAUAGAUACUAGUAACUCGUUGUACAUAUUAUAUUGUAUAAACUAGCAAACAUGUAUAUAUAUUUCAAAAUAAUCUUACGUAGUAACAUGACUGCUGCCGACAAUUUCAACAUAUUUAGUUUAUUUUUAUACGGGAAUCCCAUGGCCAAAGAAUGCCUGUAAAUGAUUUAGCCGUUUUAAAUACCUUAGUUUCAUGAUUGUAAGGAUGUCUCCCAUAAUUUAUUACAAAAUGAUGAUGAUCCAAUUUAAGUAUCUGACGUAACCUGAUAUUACACCCAGUUAACACGUUAUUACAGCUUUUGACAGAAUAUUAUUUUAUUUUAUCAUACCCACUUUGAUGAAGAGCUGUCGGUCUGUCAGUCAAUCGGUCUGUCAUUACAUAAACCAAUUGUAUUUUUUCGAUCAAUAACUAGAAACUGCUUAGUUUUACAUCGGUCAAACUUUACACGAUGAUUACUUAUGGUCAGCAUAUGCUCUCUUUUAUUUCGAAGAUCAUUAGGUCAAAGGUCAAGAGACUGAUGACGGUUCCCGCUCAAUGCUCAUUCACUGAAGAACACAUUUCAUAGGAGGAUAGUCUAAGGUCAAGGCCACAGUGACCUCAAUACCAAAACACGUUUCCACGCAAUAACUGAGGAACAGUUUGGGCUAUAGUCAUCAAGUUUCAUUGGAUGAUUGCCUUUGGUCAGUAGAGGACACCUAAUGUUGGUAAGUAAAACGUCAAGAUCAUAGCGACCUCAAGACCGAAUACGGUUCCUCCAUGUUAUGGGGUCAGUGGGUCAAACGUCGGGGUCACACUGGUCUUCAAGCUGAAAACGGUCUCCACUCAAUAAUUUGAGAAUGCUUCCGUUGUCAAUCUUCAUUCAGAAGAACCCCGUUGUUUCGACGUCAUUUUGUCAAAGGUCACAAUAUACAUAAUAACGUAUUCACUUGUCACUGAUAGGCCAUCGUGGUGGCAAAUGUGUUUUACAAACAGACAGCUCCUAUUUAAACAAAGUUUGCUUCCAACAUUGUUUAAACCUUAGAGUAUGUCCAAAGUUUCCUGUUUGCUGAUUAAAAUUCGGAAUCCAACACAAUCGGUUUAACAUGAGAACCCAUAAAUUUUAUUCAAAAAAUGACUGUUAUGGAAUUCCAGAUUUCUUCAUGUCCUCGAACAAUGGCUUGCUGAGGCCGCUUGUUCCACAAAGAUGAAUUAAAAAUAAUCUCCACAGGGCAACGUGAUUUUUCCCCGCCAUGAAGAGUCGUAAGAUGAGACAGACAGACAGACAGACAAGCGACCUCAGCAAGCCAUUGUUCGAGGACAUGGAGGAAUCUGGAAUCCAUAAGUCAUUUUUAGCUCGACUAUUCAUAGAAUAGUGAGCUAUUGGACUCGCCCAUGCGUCGGCGUCCGCGUCGGCGUCCGCGUCCCGAUUUUGGUUAAGGUUUUGUAUGUAAGCUGGUAUCUCAGUAACCACUUGUGGGAAUGGAUUGAAACUUCACACACUUAUUCACUGUGACAAACUGACUUACAUUGCACAGGUUCCAUAACUCUAUUUUGCUUCUUUACAAAAUUAUGCCCCUUUUUCGACUUAGAAAUUUUUGGUUAAGGUUUUGUAUGUAAGCUGGUAACUCAGUAACCACUUGUGGGAAUGGAUUGAAACUUCACACACUUAUUCACUGUGAUGAACUGAUCUACAUUGCACAGGUUCCAUAACUCUAUUUUGCUUUUUUACAAAAUUAUGCCCCUUUUUCGACUUAGAAAUUUUUGGUUAAGGUUUUGUAUGUAAGCUGGUAUCUCAGUACUUACUAAUGGGAAUGGAUUGAAACUUCACAUACUUGUUCACUGUCAUGAUCUGACAUGCACUAAGCAGGUCCCAUAACUCUACUCUCUUUUUUUUCAAAAUUAUGCCCCUUUUUCGACUUAGCAGUUUUUGGUUAAAUUUUUGUAUGUAAUCUGAUAUCUCAGUAUCCACUAAUUGGAAUGGAUUGAAACUUCACACACUUGUUCACUGUCAUGAUUUAUAAUGCACUGUGAAGGUCCCAUAACUCUACUUGGCAUUUUUACAAAAUUAUGCCCCUUUGACUUAGCAGUUUUUUGUUAAGUUUUUGUAUGUAAGCUGGUAUCUCAGUAUCCACAAAUUGGAAAGGAUUGAAACUUCACACACUUGUUCACUGUCAUGAUAUGACAUGCAGUACAGAGGUUCAAUACCUCUGCUUUGCAUUUUACAAAAUUAUGUCCCUUUUUCAACUUUUGUAUUCAUUCAAUUGACAAGGCUGUUGAAUAGUCGAGCGUUGCUGUCCUCCGACAGCUCUUGUUAAUAAUAAAAUUUAUGAGUUCUCAUGUUAACGAAGUCAACUCCGUAGUCAUCGUAAAGUAUUAAAUCUACUUCUUAAUUCAACCGCAAGCGUGUGACAAGUACUACUGAUCCAAUUUGGUUCGAGGGAAAUACCAUUUAAAUGUAGCCCACAUUAUACAAAUCUCCAAAGCCAAAUUCUGUCAUCCUAAAUUCAUUCUACCUUUCUGAAUAAUAAAUCGUUUUAAAAAUGUUUUCUUCAUCGUCUAUUUACAGUGGUUUGGUUUCUGUUUGGAGACUGCAAAUGAUCGCUUGCAUGCUACAUUCAUAUAAAUGUAAAACUCUAGAUAAAAACUACUUCAUUUUAAAAGAAAAGUCAUUUUGUUUUAUGCUUUUUGUUUUGGGGUUGGCACACUUCUAGAACAGAACAUUGGAAUAUAUUCAUUCAACAUGUUAUGUUCCGCCAGUGAUUUUAUAUGCUACUGAACAAUCCAAGGUGGUGGCACAUUUUGUUUCUGUGUAUUUUGUUUACGUUGUCUUCUAUAUGUUUAUAUAUAAAU